AUGGGGGCGAUGGAUAAAGAAUGUUGCAACCUUCUGUCUGAUCUUCCAUCCAAAGGCUUUUUCUCAUCCUCUGUUAUUUCUACCAAUCUGGGUGGGUCGCGUGUCUAUGUCACAGAUCAUGAUACAUCACCCCCAGGUAACUUUCGAGGUGUUUUAAAACUAAUAAAAACGGAUCAGAUGAACAUACUUAUUAGAUCUUUAGUGCUUAAACAACAAACUAAAGCUGGCUCAAGUGGAAAAGGUGUGGCAACAAAAAGGGGCUCGAGAAAGCGGGGUUCAGAGAGAGCUGUGGAUGGUAGGGCUUCUACCAAGAGGGCAGCUUCCGAGUCUCAAGAGGAACCAAGAUCACAUGUACCUGAAAAUCUUGACACAUUGACUGUAGAGAGAAUCCGAGUAUUUUUAAGAGAGAGAGGCCUUUCCAUAAGUGGGAGGAAGGCUGAACUAAUUGCACGCUUGAGGUCUGCCCUCAAUUGAGCAUGCUCCUGGCCUCGGCAUCUAUGACCUAAAAAAUAGGCUAUUGUUGUGUGAAGGAACAGGUUGAUCGUAAACGCAGCAAGGGGUUAGAUUUUACACAUUUAUAAUGGCCAUUUUUUUUGUAUCUGUAUGAUGUUUGGCUUGUGCUUGUCUUCAAUAGUGGUAAGAUGGUCGCUGUUGUCCCAAGGCAGUUCGUGUGAGGACUGGUUGUAGUGAAUGGAGUAUGGAUUGGUCUCAACAGUAGGUUAUUUGGUUCGUUACCAUCACUAGGAAGUGGGUUAUUUAGACACCAUUUCUCAACCUACAAGUUUAGUUCAUUCAUAUUUAAUAGUUAUGCAUUGAUGGUCUAAAACAUUAACUUAUCAACUUUUGGGUACUUUAAGUUUGAUGGCUGUAAAGGAUAUUUUCUUAAUUAUCAUAUUCUAU